AGGGGAGGGGGAGGAGGCGUGGCCAGAGCGGCAGCCCCGCCCCUUUCGCUGAGGGGCGAAUUGACCGGGAAAAGGGUGACUUGGUUGCCGAGGUCCCCGCUUGGGUUUUCUUGUCGCCCGCUGGGUGUGGCUCGCCUUGCCUUCCGAGGGGGGAGGGGGGAGCGCUCCGUUCUCCCCCGUCCUUCGAAGCACCCCUCUUUGUUCGCUCCUCAGCGCCAGCCUUCCUGAGCCGGAGGUUGUCACCGCUCAGGUGGGGCUGGUCCCUUUGUGUGACUUGGGGUGCACGCGUGUCCUUGUGCCGUUCCUCGUGCCAAGAAGACUCUCCCAUCACGUCCUCCUCCACCCCACCGUAUGCGUGUCCCUGCCUCGUUGGUCCGUUUUGCAGGCUGGCACUGGGAGUCAUGGCACAGGUGGGGCACAGGGUAGAUUACCUGGCGGGGUUCUGCUGCCCGGUGGGUGGGUUGGCAGCUGGGAAGCCCCGGGUGCUGUGCCACGAGAAUCGGAUCUACCUCUCCAACGGCACCGAGUAUGUCUACGUCUACGACCAAGAAGGGCGGCUGAUGAAGGCUAUUUACAGAUUUCCCGAUCAAGUGUGGCAUGUGGAACUCCUGCCCUUCCACAAGCAGCUAUAUAUCCUGUGUGCAGGAGUUGGCAUUUACUGUGUAUCCCUGGACUACCAAAGCAGGUUAGUGAAGCAGACAGAUGGUGAGGAGAAUGACUGCUUCUCCAGCGUCUUCCCCAUGGGCUCCGACGCCUGCACCUUCCCUGAUGCCACACUUUGCACGUUCACGCUGCUCAGUGAUGUCCUUGUCACCCUCUCCCAAGUUCAGGGGAAGUGGUGCAUGAAUCUCCAUGCGCUCCCAGGCCCUGAGGACUGGGAGGACGCGCCCCGCCAGCCAGUCAGCCACGUGGACAUCACUACCAGCACCAGCAAUGACGGGGACUUGUCCCUAGCGCACUUCCUCCCUGUCUUGUGUUGCGCAUCUUCUCCCAGAGCCAGUGAGCACAAGGAGGGUCUUCGCCACUCUGGGGGGUUUGUGCUGGAGGAGCCCCUCUUCAGCCUCCUCUUUGGUGUAGAUGCCGCCAUGCUGGAUUCUCCCAUGAUCCUCUGUGGUUUCCCGGAUGGGCAGCUGUGCUCAGUGCCCCUGAAGGCCCUGAGUUCGCCUGGUAAUGGCAGCUGUGAUGAUUCCCCUGUUAAGAUCCUUCAUCAUCUGGAGGAGCCUGUGGUCUUCAUCGGGGCCUUGCGGACAGCGCGGGGGUCCCCAGAUUCGGAGGAGCUGCCGGCAUUCGGAGACGUGGGCUGUGACUGUGUUGUGGCCUUGGGUCACUAUGGUAAAAUGGUUGCCAUCAAGGCAGCUCAGGGAGAAGAGAUCAAGGUCCCGGAGCUCCGAGAGUAUUACCUGCAGGGGCCGGUCCUGUGUGCAGCGUGCAGCGGGGGCAGCCGCAUGUACUACAGCACCCAUUCUGACAUCUACGUGGUUGACUUGGACAGCAACACCCCAGAGGCCGAGAAGGUGGCGGACUCAGCAGGGACCCUUCCGUCCGCCUUGUCUCCUGCCAGCCUGAGCAUCUGCAGUGUAGUGGCACUCUCUUUGUCGUCCCGGGAGUCGGAAGGUGAGUCUGAGCUGCUGGCUUUAUCUGCUAAAGGCCGCCUCAUGACCUGCGGCUUAUGCAGCCCAGACGACACGCAGCCUGUCAGGAUGAACCCAGACAAAGCUGGACAGAGGAUCAAAGAGCUGCUGUCUGGGAUAGGCCACGUCUCCGAGAGAGUGUCCUCCUUAAAACGGGCUGUGGAUCAGAAGAAUCAAGCGCUGACCUGCCUGAACCAGGUGAUGAACGUGAGCGCAGCUUUGCUGUCGAGCCAGAAUGGCCAAAAGCCCAUCACUUGUGCCAUCACUGCCCACUGGAGCCACAUCCUGGUUCAGGACACCUUGACGGUCUGCUGCGUCCUGGAGAACUCGAGCGAGUGCAGCCUGGAGCGCGGGUGGACCUUCUGCGUCCAGCUGUUUGCCAGCUGCUGUGACUGUGAAGAGGACUCUUCCGAUUCUGCCAUCACCACCUAUACCUUCCCGAUCGAUCAGCUGCUCCCUGGGAACAAGACGGAGGUGACCCUCCCACUGGGCCCCACCGAGGGCUCCAAGCUGGAGCUGCCUUUCACCGUCUCCUGUUCCCUCUACUACAGCCUGCGUGAGAUCCUGGGCACCGUCUCGGAGUCCUCUGAGCUGCUGGAUGACCUGUUUUCUGAUGACUCCCCAGGCCUUUCCCCAGACAGAGAAGGCAUCUGCCUGCCCUUGAGAGAAGUCACCAUCGAUCUCCUGCAGUGCCUUCGCUUGGAGGAUGCCAGCGGGGUGCCUGACACUGCCCCGCCUGCAGAUGCCAUGGCCGCCCCCGGGGAUCCACUGGAAACCUUCCUGCAAUUGUCCCAGGUGCAGUCUGACCUCGAGAAGAUCGAAGGGAGUGAUGAGCUGGUUCCAAGAGCAAUGAAUGCUCUAGGAGAAGGUUACCUGGCUCCGUCCGUGGCUUCAAUCAAGGUGUCCUCUGAACUGCUGAGAACAGCCCUGAAGGACUUGUGUGCAGACGCGUCGCUGUGCUGCGCUGUGCUGCGCUGGCUGCUGGCGGAGAAUGCCGAGGCGGAGGGUCUCCGAAGCCAGGCUGUGACGGCAGCGCGGGGACUGGCCCCAGAUGGAGGUCGAGUGCAGCUGAGCAUCCGAGAGGUGACCGUCAGUGAUCCGAACCCAGCAGCCCCCAUCCAGGCAGUGGAGAUUGUGGUCCAGAGCUCCCUGCUGGCAAACUUGUGCCAACUGCAUCAUGCGGUGGUUAGACGGAUUCAGGCCUUGGUUUUGGAGCAAGCUGUGCAGGAUUCCUCUCCCCCGGAGAUCCGUGUCCAGUACCUCCAUCAGAUCCAGGCCAACCAUGAGAUGCUGCUAAAGGAGGCACAGUCCUUGCGUGACCGUCUGUGCCUGGGAAACGACUCGGAUGCGACUGUGGAAAAGCUCCUGCAUGUAUAUCAGGAGCUGCGCAACCCCAGCCUCAUAGUCCUGUGAGCGCCAAGCUGUGGGUCCCCGUCUCGGCACACCUCCGAUCGCUCCACUGCCAUUUCUGCCCAGUGUCGGUGGCAUGAAGGGCACAGCUGGCUGUACACCUUGUCAACUGACUGAGGGCCGAAGCAGAGGCGUGGCAGGGAGGGGCAGCAAUUCCAACUGGGCAAGCCCCAGGCCUGACUGGGCCCAUGAGGGAGGCCGGAAGCCCAGGGCUCCGCCGUGUGACUUGUGUUCCCAGCCCACCCUGGCUGCCUGCCCUUUCUCCCUUUUCAUGUGAUUGUUUCUCUUUCCCGGGGUUUUGAAUUCCUGCCUAUUCCUGGCAGAUCGGAUUGGUGCAUCGUGGCAGUUUCAUGCGCAGGCAGUGUCCAGCUAGACUGUGCAUGCGCACAUCAUGCGUGUGUAUGUCCAUGUGUGUAACUUGGAUGGCUGACGAGGUGCCGUGGUGGGUGUGGGUGGCGUAUUGUGGAUUGCACUUGACGUUGCUAGUUUAGCUUCUUUUGCUUUGGUGACGGUCGCUUUGCUGUGGCAAGCCCCGGAGUCUG